AGGAUCCCUCCCGCAGCGACCACAGGACACCACCGCCCUUUUGCGCUCCUGGAAGACGUCGUCGGGUCCUUUAUCCUUACGAGGGUUUUCUUCGGGGAUCUGUCUAUCCUAGGAUGUCGACGCCGCCCACCCCGACCGCCCCGAGAUCCUCCGGGAGGUCGCAGGACUCACCGAAAUCUAGGAGCGUCUGCUGGCGGCGUCUGACAGCGGCGAGGUGUCAGCCGUCAGCACCUUGCUCUCCGGCGGCGCUGACGUCAACUGGCAGAACGAGCAAGGGGAAAGCGCCCUUAUGUAUGCGGCUUGGCGGGGGCACGAGGCGGUGGCGGCCAUUUUGUUGCAACAUCCGGCAACUCACGUUAAUCUGCAGGACAGCGACGGGUGGACGGCGCUGAUGUGGCGUCGCGGGGCGGGCACGCGGCGUGGCGGUCUUCAUGGUGCACCCGGACACGGAGCCCGACCUGGCCAACGGCGCGGGCGAGACGGCGCUCAUGAAGGCCGCCGUCUACGGCCACGAGGACGUCGUCAGGCAGCUGGUCGGCUCCUACAGGACCACGGUGGACAAGCGCCACCCCGACGGCUCCACGGCCCUGCUGUGGGCGGCCGCGGGCGGCGGGGCCAAGUGCGUGGCCGCCCUGCUGGACGCGGGCGCUAGCCUGGACACGCAGGACCAGGACGGCAUGGACGCGCUCAUGUGGGCGGUGUCGGUGGGGCAGGCCGAGGCCACGGAGCUGCUGGUGGCGCGCGGGGUCGACCUGGCCAGGAGGGACAAGAUCGGGCGCUCGCCGCUGCUCAUGGCCUCCGAGACGGGCCACGUGGAGGUGGCCAGCGCCCUCGUGCAGCACGACGCCACGGACCUCAACGCGCGCACCAAGGACCGCGUGACGCCGCUCAUGCGCGCCGCCGAGCACGGCCACUCCGCCAUCGUCAACAUGCUGUGCAAGUGCCACGAGACGGACGUCAACCUGCAGGACAACCAGGGGCGCUCGGCGCUCAUGUUCGCGGCGCGCGCGGGCCACGCCGACUGCGCCUACAUCCUGCUGCACCACCCGAGCAUCAAGCCCGACCUGGCCGACCUGGAGGGCCUCACGCCCGCCAUGAUGGCCGCCUUCACGGGCCACGAGGACGUCCUCGGCGCCAUCCUGUCGCACCGCAAGGCCUCCCUCAGGCACCGCACGCGCACGGGCUUCACGGCGCUGCUCAUGGCGGCGCGCAGCGGCCAGCGCUCCGUGAUCGAGCGCCUGCUGGCGCACCCCGAGGUGGACAUCAACGAGAGCGACGGCCAGGGGCUGACGGCGCUGGCGUGGGCGGCCAGGAACGGCUCCGCCCACGUCGUCGAGCUCCUGCAGCAGUACGAACUGCUGCAGCCCGACACGGCGGACGCCGACGGCCUCACGCCCCUCAUGUGGGCGGCGCGCUGCAACCAGCUGCUGGCCGUCAAGACGCUCCUGCGCGACGCGCGCGGCGACACGGAGCGCAAGGACGCGCAGGGGCGCACGGCGCUCGCCUGGGCCAAGCAGCUCGAGAACAAGGAGAUCGAGCAGCUGCUGACGCGCUACGCCCAGCUGACGACGGAGCUGUCUGACGACGCCGUGGACGACGCAUCCUCCGACAGCUCCCUGCACACGCCGUCGCGGCUGCACCAGCGCUACAGCCACCCCGUCAGCGACAUGCAAGUGGACAACAUCGGCGACGUCGUCAAGCUGCUGGAGAACGGCCCCUACGUCAACUGGCGCCAGAAGACGGGCAAGACGUCGUUCGCGUGGGCGGUGGCCAGCGGGCAGCCCGACGUGGUCAAGGUGUUCCUGCUGGUGCCCGGCCUCGACGUCAACGAGCGCGACGAGCAGGGCCACACGCCGCUCAUGGCCGCCGCCCGCAACGGCCACCCGGAGGUGCUGCGCCUCCUGCUCAGUCACGAGAACGUCGCCUACAACGCCGUGGACUGGCGCGGCCGCACGGCGCUCAUGGUGGCGGCGGAGCACGGCCAGAUCCGCGCGCUCGCCGUGCUCCUCCGCUGCUCCGACAUCAGCGUCAACCAGCGCGACGUGCACGGCCACACCGCCCUCACCAUCGCGGCCGCCGCGGGCAUGGUCGAGGUCUCCAGCGCCCUGCUGCGCCACCCGUCCGUCGACGUCAACGUGCGCGCGGCCGGCGGCUGCACCGCCCUCAUGCUCGCCGUCAGGGCGGGCAACAACGGCGUCGCCGAGAUCCUCGUCAGCCACAAGGACACGGACGUCAACAUGCCUGACGACGAGGGCGACACGCCCCUGCUGGUGGCGGCCGGCCAUCAGGGCGCCGUGGAGGUCUCUCGCCGCCUGCUGCAGCACCCGCGGGUGGGCGUCAACCUGCGGGACCCCCAGGGCAGCACCGCCCUCAUCCUGGCCGCCAAGAACGGCCACCUGGAGUGCGCCAAGCUGCUGAUGGAGCACCCGCUGGUGGACGUCAACCUGCGCGACGACGAGGAGCGGACGGCGCUCAUCUACGCGAGCAUGCUGGGCCGCGAGGACGUGGUGCGCCUGCUCUUCUCGCACCCCGACGUGGACCCGAACCUGACGUGCCGCGAGAACGGCUACUCGUCGCUGCUGCUGGCGGCGCGCCACGACCACCCGCGCAUCGUGGAGCUGCUGUGCGCGCGCAGGAACGUGCAGGUCAACAAGCCCGACGACUUCCGCACGAGCGCCCUCAUGCACGCCGUGCGCCGCCACUCGCGGCCGGCCGUCGAGGCGCUGCUCGACCGCCCCGACAUCGACAUCAACCUGCCCGACGCCGAGGGCAAGACGCCGCUCAUCCGCGCCCUCGCCGACGGAUACUACGACCUGGCGAUGCUCCUGCUGGCGCGGACGGACGUCGACGUCAACGCGCAGACGCUCGAGAACAAAACGGCGCUCAUGUACGCCGCCACGUACCCGGAGGGGCUGCCGGCGCUGCGCCUCAUGCUGGCCAACACCGCCAUCGAGCUGAACGCCGCCGACGAGCGCUCCUGCACCGCCCUCCUGCACGCCUGCAAGUCCGGCAACGUGGAGGCGGCCCUGGCCCUGGUGGAGACGAGCGGCGUCGACCUGGAGCUAAGGGACGACCAGGGGAUGACGGCGCUCAUGUGGUCCUCCAUGCUGGGCUUCAGGGUCAUCGUCGUCGCCCUCUUGCAGGUCAAAUCCCUGGAGGUGAACGCCCUCACCCCCGACGGCCUCUCCGCCCUGGGCCUGGCGUGCGAGGCGGGCCAGGUGGACGUCGUGCAGCAGCUGGCGACCCACCCGGCGGUGGACGUCAACGCGACCAACUCCGGACGGACGCCCCUCGUCGCGGCACUCGAGCGCGCCCAACACGAGUGCGUGCGCGUCCUGCUGCAGCACCCCGCCCACUCCCUGUCGCGGGCGGGCGUCAGGCCCCCCUACCUGCCCCCCAACCUCAAGGCGAUGGUCAACCUCUACCGAAACAACAGCCAG